AUGACAGUGUUUUUCGAUAAUCAAAUUCAAUCGCAUUCCAGUGACGAGAAGUUUGUUGAUUUUGCUUGGCAUGGCACGUUUAAAUUAUUGGCCGUCACUAGCUACAGCCCUGUUCAGGGUCAAGUUGUGGCCGUCUUUCAAGAAGAGGGCGAGAGAUUACAGAAUUCGGUGCAGCGUAAAACCAUGCCAGCUACAUGUUUAGCCUGGCACCCGAGCAAAAAAGUUUUGGCAGUCGGUUGGAGCACUGGGGAAAUAACCACGCAGAACAUAAACGACAACGAAAUUAGUGAAUCGGCAAAAACUCACCAGUCCUCAAUCUGUGUCAUGCACUGGUCGACUGGUGGAUCCCAGCUCCUCACUGGGGAUGCUGAGGGAUUAUUGAUAAUAUGGAAAGUAGAUGGCAAAGGUAGACUAAGCAGCACCACUCUGAUGCAGCAUUCACUAAACGACCAGCCGACGCAUCUCGUCCCCAUCCAACCGCCAGCUCAAGAUCCUAACUUAGAUCUUCAUAACCUGGCGAAGUUGGCCGUCAGUGGCGAUCAGUCAGCUCUCGACAUGUUCACCUGGAAGAAACCUCCAUCCAAAUUAGGGAACAGUGCGUUAAGUUGGCAGGAGGGGUUGACCUUUUUUAUCGGGGGUUCUGAUGGAAGAGUCCACUACAUCGACUACCAGCCAUCAGUGGUUGAAAAGUUCAAAGUUCAGGGUCAGAUUAAAAAAUUAUUGUUUUACGACGAGAAGAACAUCCUGGUAACGUUAUCUUCCGACAUGAUGGUCACUCUCUCCAGUGUCGAUCCAGAAAGCAGGGAUGCUACCAACAUCAUGAGCGUUAAAAUAAGUGGGCAGACGAAGACGACAGACAUGGUUUGGGCCGGGAGAGGAUUGCUCGCAACUUGCACGGGAGAAAGACACAUCAACAGGCUGUGGGAUAUCGACAAUGAUGAGAAUUACGUACUGAAUCUAAAUGACGCCAACGCUGCAAACGACGACGGUGACGUCAUCAACAACAACAACAACAACAGCAGCAGCAAAACUCUGGCGUGUGGUACGGAUCAGGGCAAAGUGGUACAGUGGAAAUAUACUCGUACCCCAUUGGUCAAGAACAGAAAAAAGGGGGCGGAGCCAAAAGAUGAUUGGCUGCUGCAGAAUGUUUCUAACGUUUCUGGCAUUAUACUAGAUAUAGGGUUUGGAUCGAGUAGAAAUUUGUUAGCAGUCAAUACUAGAGACAGCUUGUACAUCUUGGAUGAACAAGAGUCUGCCGCUGCUUGUUUUGGACAGCUAGCAGUCGUUCAAAUAGGCAGCAUGUUACUAUCGCUGGACGAUUACCAGAGCAACACGCAUUUCAACCUGAAAACGGACAUCCAAAUUAGAUUGAUGUGCUGCACUCGUGACAACUUGGCAGUAUCGAAUGGCAAGAAGGUGGUGGUGUAUGACAUCAGCGGGAGCGAGAAGAUGCUGAAGGUGGUGGGGGCAUUCGAUAGCACCUCAAACAACCUCUGCAUGCACCAACAGAAUUUAUUCGCUACGGAGCCGGGCAAGAUUCAAGUCAGGAACUUCCAGGGAACAGUGAAGCAACUACUCCCACUGCCAAAUCCUGACGACGAGCUGACCUGCAUGGACGUCUGUGGGAGUUACUUAACUGUCGCAACGAACACCGGAUACGUCAAAGUUUUCGACCUUUCUAGAAGAGAAGUUAAACAACACACUGAAGCUAAGCAGUUCAACGAAAUCAUCGACCAGUUCAAGUCGAUCGUGUCUGCCAAGAGCAACAAUAAUGGUAGUAAAGUCAGUCUGAUCGUUAUGAAGAAAAAUGACGUCACAGAUCCGUGCCUUCAUAUUUGGGAUACUGAGACGAACAGCGUGCAGUACUUCAACUUUGAAACUGGGAAGGACGACAUAGAUGACCAGCAGGUCCCAAUCACAGACCAUACUCGCAGCCAAUCAGCGAAGGACAUAUCCGGCAGAUUUCCCCUAUCCCACCACUGGGACGUUGAUGACGUCAAAUCUUUCGUCUGUGAGGCCAAAUAUAACUGGACCCCAGAGAAAAAGAUCAAAAAUAAGAAAAAUAAUAAUAAGGGUGAUGAUAAUGAUGAUAAAAUAGAUGUCAUGGUCAUCACCUUGUUUUGCACCUCCGAGCACGGGGUGCUCGUUCAGGACCAUUAUUCGAGAGAUCAACAUUGUUCUAAACUCAUCGCCAUUAAUAUUCCCUAUUAUUAUUUCACGAUCAAUAAGGUGGGAUUUAUAUUUUUUUUUGAUGUUAUUUCUUUUUUACGAGUACACCUCAUCCUUAUUUUCUUCAAUCAAUCAUUGAUUGCAACAUGCAGACGCAUACAUAGAAACUUCAUUGGUCUUGACCUUAACGUCAGCGAAGCGAGGCAUGCCAUGCUUAACUUCAGUUUCCAUUUAACGCUCGGUGAUAUGGAUGAAGCUUUUAAAGCUAUUAAGCUUAUUAAGAGCGAAGUAGUUUGGGAGAACAUGGCAAAGAUGUGCGUGAAAACUCGAAGGCUGGAUGUGGCGAAGGUGUGUUUGGGCAACAUGAAGAACCCGUGGGCGGCCAAAUUACUGAGGGAAAGUGUCCAGAAGGAACCCCAAGUCGAUGCACAGAUUGCUUGCUUGGCCGUCCAUCUUGGGCUGAUUGAGGAUGCCGAAAGGUUGUUGAAGAAUUGCAAGAGGUAUGAUCUGCUCAAUAAACUCUACCAACAGACGUCACAGUGGGAUAAGGCUUUAUCAGUAGCCGAGACACACGACCGAAUUAACUUACGUAACACCAAUUACAACUACGCCAAGUAUCUAGAAGGUGCUGGCAAGUUUCAGGAGGCUGCUGUGUAUUUCGAAAAAUCUGAGAACCACGGCUUUGAAGUUCCGCACAUGUGGUUGAAUGACAUCAAGUCACUUGAGAAUUACGUCCACAAGUCUAAUGAUAAAUCAAUAUUAAGAUGGUGGGCCCAGUAUAACGAAGAUAAGGGAAACACGGAAGAGGCCAUUAAAUUUUACGAGAAAUCCAAAGAUCAUCUAUCGCUGGCGCGUUUAUAUUGCGCGAUGGAUGACGUCACUAAGGCAGCUGGAGUGUGCGUUGAGAGCCAGGACAGGGCGGCUUGCUACUGGGUUGGCAGACAUUUUGAGAGGGCCGGAAAGAUGCAAGAGGCCAUCAGUUACUACAACCGGGCCCAAGCUUUCGGCAAUGCUAUCAGGCUCUGCAAGGACCACAGUUUCGACGAUAAAUUGUUGAACAUGGCUAUAAUGGGUAACACUGAUGACAUGCUGGAGGCUGCAAGGUACUACGAAGCUAGGAGGGGCUUCGAAGAGAAGGCCACACUUCUCUACCAUAAGGCCGGUUAUUCUUCAAAGGCGUUGGAGCUGGCAUUCGGCGCCAAACAAUUCAGCGCACUGCAGACGAUCUCUGAAUCUUUUGACGAGAAUACCGACCCGCUUUUACUGCAGAGAUGUGCCGAGUUUUUUAUCGACAAUUCGCAGUUCGACCGAGCAGUCGAUUUGUUGGCUUCGGCUAAGAAAUACGGUGAAUGUUUGAGGAUCUGUAGAGAGAAACACGUUCAGAUGAAUGAGGAUUUGGUUGAGAAAUUGAGCCCGCCUGAGAAUGAUGCCAACAUUAACACUGAGGAACGUUCUAGAAUGCUUGAAAGCAUCGGAGAUAUCUGCAUGGAGCAGAGGCAGUACCACCUAGCUACGAAGAAGUUUACUCAGUCAGGAAACAAAAUUAAAGCGAUGAAAGCUUUAUUGAAAUCAGGUGACACGGAGCGGAUUUGUUUCUUCGCGAAUGUUUCCCGCCAAAAAGAGAUCUACAUAAUGGCGGGCCACUAUUUACAGUCUUUGGACUGGCAAAAAGAUCCUGAGAUCAUGAAGAACAUAAUUAAUUUUUACACGAGAGGCCGGUCGCCGGAGCACCUGGCCGGCUUCUACGGAGCGUGCGCGCAGUUAGAGAUAGACGAGUAUAAAGAUUAUGAGAAGGCGUUGGGAGCGCUGAGCGAGGCAUACAAGUGCCUGAGCAGGUGUAAGCCGACAACAUCGAAUGAAGAUAGCAUCAGUAACGAUCUCAACGCCAGUGCAGCUGGUCUUGAUGUUAAGUUGAAUCGUUUGAAAGAGAGGAUGACUAUUAUUAACAAAUUCGUGAAAGCUAAAAGGUUUGGUGUUGGCGGCGAAGAAUCCAUGCAAGUGUGCCAGGCCCUGCUGUCCGAGCCCAGAUGUGAUGAAUACGUUAAGGUAGGUGACGUCUUGGCAUAUAUGACGGGCUACUUCGCUAAAACUGGCAAAUGGAAAAAGGCACAUAGUUGCAUAGAGGAGUUGAAGAAGAGACAGCCAAACGUGGAACCCACGUUCUACAUGGAUAAAAAAUUAAUUAUUUCUAUCUACAGUGCGCUGAAUAUCGAAUAUAAGGAACCAAAGAUACUAAAGAAAGGCAACAACAACGACGACGAUGAUGAUGAUGUUGUUCAGCGUGAAGAAAUUUAUGAAGAAGAUAUGCCUAUUAAUUGA